AUAAUUUUCCGUAAUAUUAAGAAUAAGUAUAAAUAUCUAUCUAUGUUAAUACGGCCCUGAUUGCAUCUCUGCAUCUUAUUGGACGUGGACUAGUGCAUAUACGAGCAAUGUCCUGUGGCGUGCACACACCCUUGAAAUCUAUCGGCGCGUGUUCGCUAAAGAGUGGGAGAAUCCGAUUAUAGCCGAACGUUACCGGAUGUGCCCGACACGAAAUAGUCGACAAUUGACGAGGCGUCGAGAAACCCAGAAGGGAGGAGACAAGCUAUUCUCUUGGGUGUACCGCUUCCCUCUUUGCAACGUUAACCUGAAUAAUUAUUCUUUAGCAUAUCUAUAGCAUAAGUAUUUUAAGCGGAAUGAAAACAAAUAUGAUACGAAUAAAACUUAAUUAAAUAAAUGUUUAAUAUUAUUUCGAACCUUUUUACAUUAUGCCAUUACAUAAUAUGUAGAUGAGAUCUCUUAUCGUCAUCCGUAAUGGAUGGUCCAGGUACGAUUUCAUGGGAUGAAUUUAUAGAAAAUGCUGAAAGUUUUAUUGCAGUCUCUAAUCAGAUUUCUGAUGGAUGGCAAUUAUGCGGUGAUAAAAAAGUACCUACACAAGCAUACUUGAUACGACAAAAAAAGCACUUUAUUCGAGAUGAAUUGGACAUAGAAAAUUCUACUUACGUCGAAGAUUGGAGUGACAAACUUUGCGAAGAUCCAUACGAAGCUUCAUUUACAAAUGAAAGACCUUUAAUUCUAGAACAUCACAUUUUAUGGUCUAUGAGCUAUAGCGUGCCAGUACUUUAUUUUAAUGGAUGGAAAUCAGAUUUUCCCGGGAUCAAUCGAAUAAGUGUCGAAGAAGCUCAAGGACUUAUUAAUGGUUCUGCUUUAAAUUACUCGGAGUUGUCGCAAGUGAUUCAUCCAAUUCUCGGUACACCGUACCUGCAGUUACAUCCAUGCAUGUCGCAUGAGCUUCUGCAGCAUACACAUACGAGCAAAAACAAAUUGGUUAGCUGGUUAAGCUUCGUUGCACCAGCGGCCCUACGUCUCGAUUUAAGCCAAGAGUAUCACAAAUUGACUCUGGAAACAUAACAAGAUGCACACGAAUAAACCUCACAAUGACUAUUACUUGAUUCUGCGGAAUGGACAUGAUCCCGUAUCAACUUGCAUUCUCAUACUUCUACCAUAACAAAAGGAAGGAGGAAGAUAGUCAUUUCGCAAAGAGAUCAUUCGAGGUAGUCUUUUUGAACGAACGCUUGCUGUUACCGUUUGCCUAGUGGUCGAUCAUCGGCUCGUUGAUCGACGCGUUGAUCCGGCUCCCUAGGUGGGAAGUUCAAAGCGGAAGAAGAACUUGGGGGAGAGAGAGAGAGAGAGAGAGAAGGAGAGAAA